UACAGAUACUUUUGGACGCGAGUGUAGAGAGGCGGGGCCGGAGUUAACCCACUGCCCGAGGGAAGAGGGAUCCUUCUUAUCAACUCCAGUCAGUUUACUGCACUUCCCCCAUUCACGCAAAUUCAGAUUGGGCGCCCGAGUUGGAUUAUUUUAAUAUUUACGAAUUUGCACUAGGUGUACUUUCGGCUGGAGGGGAAGUCCGUGGGUGCUCCUGAAGAGGUUAAAGUAGGGGAUCCGCAAAGCAAAAGAUGAGGCGGAUCUUGCAUCUCUCAGUUCGUCUGAGCUGCUCCUGUCUUGUUUAUGUUGUGUGAGGUUGGUCAUGACGGCCCGUGCCUGAGCGUUGGAAGUCUAUUGCUCCCGCUGCACGCGUUUUGAGCCAAUCUGCAUGACUACGUAGAGUGGCGCCCGAAUAGAUAAAUGGAGGGGAUGUGUAGCCGAAGUUGGGCGUUGGUCUGGAGCGGCAGUCUGUCAUCAUCUCGAUGACAAACACCCGCACGGUGUACUGUGAUAGUCUGGUGUCUUCGAACAGCUCCUGGGAGUUUUGACUUUGUUCAGCAAAUUCCGUCUCAGGUGUUGUUGUGAUUCAGAAUGGAGUUCAACGGUUCAUCCUACGUUCUGGCCUCGACAUGUAUUCAUCCCAUGAAAGCAGUGUCGAAUGGCGUGUGGCAGAAGGACAACCCCAUACACUUCUCCUUUCCUCUCCUUGUCAUUCAAAUUAUACUCGUAAUCUGCGUCACUCGAUCGCUGGCGUUUGUUUUGAAACCUCUCAGACAGCCGCGUGUUAUUGGAGAGAUUAUCGGUGGCAUUCUCCUCGGACCUUCCGCGUUGGGACGAAACAAAGCUUACAUGACCAACCUUUUUCCGAAGGAGAGCAUCGCAAUUCUCGAAACCUUUGCCAACAUGGGGCUUCUCUUCUUCUUGUUCAUGGUUGGACUGGAGCUGGAUUUGAAAGCUUUGCGAAGAGUUGGAUCACAGUCUUUAGCAAUAGCAGGAGUUGGUAUGCUCUUGCCAUUUUCUUUGGGUGUCGGAGUUUCGUUUGUCCUUCGAGCAACUAUCGCUAAAGGCACGGAUUUCGCUCCGUUUCUGGUUUUCAUGGGAGUAGCUUUGUCCAUCACUGCGUUCCCCGUGCUGGCGCGCAUCCUCGCGGAGCGUAAGCUGUUGACCACCGAUGUUGGACAAAUGGCAAUGUCAGCUGCUGCUGUCAACGAUGUGACUGCCUGGAUUCUCCUCGCACUGGCAGUUGCUCUCUCUGGCACCAACACUAGUCCGACCAUAGCAAUUUGGGUUCUUCUCUGCGGUGCUGCAUACGUCAUAUUCAUGUUCGUGGUUGUGAAGCCCGUGAUGAAUCACAUAGCUCACCAGUCACCGGAUAACGAACCCAUUCCGGAGUUCAUCGUGUGUAUCGUGCUGGCAUUGUGUUUGAUUGCGGGCUUUGCAACAGACGUUAUCGGGAUCCAUUCUAUCUUCGGUGCUUUCGUUUUCGGUCUCAUCAUUCCGAAGGAAGGAACAUUUGCAACCCAUAUCAUCGAGAAGCUGGAAGAUUUUGUGUCGAUUCUGAUGCUCCCACUCUACUUCGCUUCCAGUGGUCUGAAAACGAACAUCGGCACCGUCAAGACAGCCCAGUCGUGGGGUCUACUUGUGCUCGUAAUCACAGUGGCGUGCUUUGGCAAAGUCUUCGGGACGUUCAUUGUCUCACAAGCCUACACACGAAAUGUUCGCAAAUCCUUGGCGAUUGGAGUACUCAUGAACACGAAGGGAUUGGUGGAGCUUAUCGUUCUGAACAUCGGAAAGGACCGUGGGGUUUUGAAUGACGAGAUAUUUGCGAUCAUGGUUCUCAUGGCUCUCGUGACAACCUUCAUGACCACACCCCUCGUGAUGGCUCUCUACAAGCCUGCUCGGAAUAUUGUGCCGUACAACCGCAGGAAAUUGGCCAAUGAUCGAUCCAAGGAAAAUUUACGUAUCAUGACAUGCGUGCACAGUAUCAGGAACGUACCCGCGAUGAUCAAUUUGACGGAGACCGUGAGGGGGGCAGACAAACGGACGCUUCGACUGUACAUGCUUCAUCUCAUGGAGCUAUCUGAGCGUUCCUCGGCCAUUAUGAUGGUGCAACGCGCCAGACGGGACGGUCGACCAUUUUGGGAUGAUGGAGGUGCCGCGAGAACAGAUCAGAUUGUGGUGGCUUAUGAGGCAUUUGGGCCACUGAGCAAAGUUACCGUGCGUCCCAUGACAGCUAUUUCUAGAUUCGACGACAUGCAUGAAGAUAUUUGCGGCACAGCUGAGGAGAAACGUGCCGCCAUUAUUAUAAUCCCCUUCCACAAGCACUUGAGGGUUGACGGGGCGCUGGAGAGCAGUCACCCCGAAUAUCGCACUGUGAAUCGCCGAGUCCUGCAGCAUGCCCCAUGUUCGGUUGCAAUCCUCAUCGACCGUGGUGUUUGGGGAGCUGCUCAGAUAGCGCCCAACAACGUCGACCAUCGAGUGGCUGUUCUCUUCUUUGGGGGGCCUGACGACCGCGAGGCACUGGCUUUGGGCCUACGCAUGGCUGAACAUCCAGGUGUCAAACUUAACGUAAUCCGAUACACCGCAGACCUCGAUAUUCCGGAUUUGCCACAAGGAUUCACAACGCAUACCAAUUCCGAUGGUAUCACUAUCAGAAGAUCUGGAGCUUCGUCUAGCCAUUACUUUGCCAGCGUGGAGGUUGAUCCAUUAAAAGAAAGAUCGAUGGACGAGGACGCUAUCACCGAAAUACGCCAGAUGAGGAAAGAGUCGCGUGAUAACGCUGCUGUGACGUCGGAUAAUGUGACGCUGGAAGAGGUCGAGAUCACGGAUUUCAAGGACGCGGUCACGGAGAUCGGUUGUUCGAAGAUCUAUCAUCUGUUUUUGGUGGGUCGCAGUCGCCGCCCAUCGCCCUUGCUGUCAGCUUUGGUCGCGCGGAGACACCCCGAGUACUCCGAGCUUGGACCUGUGGGAGAUGUUUUGACUUCCCCUACUUGCCUUGCCUCCGUCCUGGUGGUACAGCAGUACGACCCCAAUCAGACGAAUGUGCCUUUCAGCACGAAGUUGGUGGAGUCAUCAUCCAAGCCAGAGAAGUCGGAAAAGCAAGACCCUAGUGUUCAUGAUCAAAAGGAGGUUGCAAGUUCCCUUCGUGCGGUCAAUCCAGCAGAUUCUCCUGUGUGAUUCGGCCCUACGAGUGUGUAUUUCAUAUUCAAAUUCUAAAGUUUCAGGACAUGAAUGAAUCUAGGGACGGAGAGAACCUCAACCUCGGACUCGGAGUCAGUAGAGGAGCCAUGUAUUAUAAGGUUUGUUUCGAUUAAAACAUUCAAAACACUUAAAGAGGUGGUUAGAUGUCUAGUGGACUGCUUGUCGAAUAGGUCUACUAGAGGUCAUAGGCAUAUUAGUGCCACUGUCUCAUUUGGACUGGUGUUUUUUGACCUGUGUACAUUGUACAGUGGAGAAAGAGCUAAAUUUUGCCGUUUGGGGAAUUUGACCGUUGUGGUCAUGAAAUAGGUGGUCAAGGUCUGAACCUUGCCGAAGAGUAUCGUAGAAAGUCUCGGGUUUAACUUCUCUACCUCUCGGCUGCCCAUUUGUCCACAGUAGAUCUAUUCUGGAGAUAAUUGAACAAAGUAGUCUCCGUCUUGUGUCAAAUAGAAGCGAGCCUUGACUAAUGUCAUCCUCGUAAAUGUAAACCUAUGUGUCGGGUGACUUUGUGAUCCCCGACAUAUUACUUGUUUUGAAAUUUAAGGCUUGGCCACAUGUGCGCAAAAGUCCACAGUGCUCAAAUGUGAACACAGUGCUCGUCUAAGCGGCAUGUUUCG